AUGGAUGACUCGAUGCCACUCACACCAGAACUACCGGAACGUAAGAACCGAUUAUCUUCUAACGGUGGGAUUAAGAGAAACAAAGUGAGCCGAGCAUGUGAUGAAUGUAGAAAAAGAAAGGUUCGAUGUGAUGGGGCUCAACCUUGUGCAAGAUGUCAAAAGUCCUCCACCGAAUGCAUCUUUUCAAAUGUGACACCAAAACGAGGACCACCAAAAAAGUACUUGGAACCGUUUGAAACUAGACUGAAAACCAUUGACAAGGUUUUGGAACAACUCGAGAUAUCGACGAACCAUGUUGAAGUUGAAAAGGGCAAUGAUUCGUGGGAUGUUAAAGAUCCAUCCGCUAUUGAAACCAACACCCAUCUGAAUGUCACUGCCGUUGGCCGUGCGCUGUACAUGCCUGAUUUGCCUGCUAGGAAUGAUCGCAUUGAGCCGCUACACAACGCAAAUGUCGAUUUCGAACCGCCUCAGCCCAGCAUCAUGGAUAAUGCAGCAUCUGUUACACUGAGAUUCGAUUUGAUUCAAUGCUAUUUCGACCGUAUUCAUCCAUCCAUGCCAUUUAUAGAUAAAUCGGCAUUUACUGAAUCGAAGCCACCGCCCAUCUUAUUGAACGCAAUCUAUGCAGUAUCGUGCAAAUUCGUACCAACGUCAUUUUCAGCAUCCUCUACGGCCCCAAAGUCCAUGGAUCCUCCAGGCUGGACCUACUACAAAAUGGCCAUGAGCCUCAUGGAUGCGUAUUUGGACGUGCCUCGACUAUCGACUAUCCAGGCACUGCUACUGCUCGUCAAGUACCAUGAACAUAUUCAUCGGCCUGGAUUCUUUUGGAGAACCAAGUUUCUACUACAACUAGCUGUCGACAUGGCAAGCAACCUUGGAUUAUCCAGCAACAUGGCCAUGGAAACAGCACAAUGCAAACGUGCCACAGAGCUUAGAAGAAGGACAUUUUGGGCUGUGUACGCAUACCAGGUGUUGAUGAGUACUGAGCAAGGUUCAGCAUUACAAUUAGCAAGCAAAGAGUGCACGGUCGACUAUCCGCACGUCCUUUCUGAUGAAACUGGCUCUGAUGCUAGCAUUGCAUCCACUUUUCAUUGGCUCGCCAAGGUGAUACACAUACAAGCUGCUGUCAUUGAAUUCAUGCGAUCAAAGUACUCUCUUGACAGCAAAUCCAGCAACCAUGAAGCAUAUGAAUUCCAACAGAUAGAAAAUACCCUCUCGGAACUAGGAGCUGGGAUACCGAGCAUGAGUGAAGGAGGACUACACGCCUCCUUUGUCCAUAUUAUAUACCAUCUCACUGUUAUUUUGCUAUACAGACCAUACGCACUGAAAGACAGACAAGCUACUUCCGUGAGCCGAUGCCUGACAUCUGCAUCAACUAUCACACAGGUUACGGAACAGAUACUCAACACGGAAGGCGCUGAAUCAUUUGCCACCGUCUUUCGUGGACAUCAGCAAAUCAUCUACUGCUUGACUGCAGCCAUCACAGUUCAACGCGCACUCAAAAGCACGGAGGCAACUGUAAACGACAUGUACGACAAGACGUAUUCAAUUCUACAAUGCAUGGCAAGCAAGUCUCCUGUAGCAGAGCUAGAAACAAGCGCUACAGAUAGCUUUUUCAAUACAGGGAAAACGGAUCAGCAUGCGAAAUCGCCCUCCAAUGCAUCGUCUGCGCGUUCAUCGCCAUUGAUUCCAUCGCUCAACUCACCGCAUAGUCCAAGUAUUCCUGCUCCCACGAUUAGAAAAAGACACUCGAGGUCGUCUCUGCAAUUUCCAGCCUCUGACAUGUCGUACGUCAUGCAAUCCAGUGCUUCUUUUGUGCCUGAAGUCGUUACUCAUCGUAUGAGACCCGCUGGUAGAUCACCGUACGCAAGCAAUCGUCUGUCGGCUCCUCUAUUGGGAUCCCUCUACCAACAAUCGCCUUACUUUUAUCAGCAACAGCUACAGCAGCAACAGCAGCAACAGCAGCAACAGCAGCAACAGCAGCAACAGCAGCAACAGCAACAGCAGCAGAUACAUCACCAAAUGCAACACCAACAGCAACAGCAGCGACUAUCUAGCUACUCUCAACCAUCUUCGCCGACAACGAGCCAAUUCAGCGGAAACACUGAUUACAAUGCGUCUGCAGUUCCAGUAACGCCUCGUCGAACUACAUCUCUGUCAAGAAAGACAGGUCUACGUCGUAGUGCUUCAUCGACUGGCGAGUUUAUUGUGCCAUCUCAAAGACCACCACGCACUUCAUCUCGGCCCUACAUCAACCCACGUCGACAUACACUGACCAACACAACGCCGCCUGACCUUUCCAAUGUCAUUGCAUUUGUCCCUCCCCAUAGUAACACAUCUAUGCUUGAUACCAACACCAACGUAACCAGUACUCCUCGAAAUCUACAUGCUAUGGCAGUUCGAAAUAACCGUUUUUCAGCUCCUGUUAUGAGCAACAAUACCCAACACCCAUAUAUGAUACCAAUCACUUCACAAGAACAACAGCAAUAUCAGUUUCAGCAGCAACAGCAGCAUCAGCAGCAUCAACUGCAAUAUCAAUAUCAACAACAAAAUCAGCAGCAGCUACAACUGCAACAACAACAGCAGCAGCAACAUCAAAUGCAAUACCAAUAUCAGCAACAACAACAACAACAACAACAACAACAGCAGCAGCAGCAACAGCAACAGCAACAGCAACAGCAACAGCAACAGCAACCAGAGAUCUAUCAUCAGCCAAUGGUAAUUGAUCAUGCCUCAUUUCCUAUGGAUCCUGUCAUCCCUGACUCGCCAAAUGAAUCCAUGAUGGGCUUAUUGAUGAAUCCUUGGGAUUUCCCUCGUGAACCAUGA